CCUACAACGUGCGCCAAAGUUGGCCACUUACACUUUCAACCAGCAAGCAGACGUUAUCAAAACUAGCUGUUGACCACUAAGUAUAUCAAGGCAAAGAAUUAAAUAACCUUUUGUCCAUUUACACAUUUGAGUGCAAGGUGUUUCCCCUCCCUUUACACACCACAAACCUCCUCACUAUUGGGCUCUUCUUUUACCCCGGCAUCUCUGCAUGACUAACAUCAACAGUUUUUAUGUUGGAGGGGUUUUAGUAUUUACGAGUUUCUCUGUCUGGGACUACGAUUUAUAGUUCGAUUUUUUAAAAUCCUUUUGAGAGAAGACAUUUCGUUACAUCCUAUCCGCAAAUACCUACAUUUUCUUGUCUGGACUUUGCGCGAGUAAGAAUUUGGUACCAGUGCCCACUAGGUGUUUCUCCAGUAGCUAGAAUGGCUACUUUACCAGGAACAGUGCCUCGAAUGAUGCGCCCUGCGCCAGGCCAGAACUACCCCCGCACCGGAUUCCCUCUGGAAGGACAAUAUGCAGGACCUGAAUAUGUUUAUUGUGGAACAGUAUCAACCCCCCUUGGCCAAGGUCGGGUGAACCAGCUCGGUGGAGUGUUCAUCAACGGGAGGCCGCUGCCAAAUCAUAUCAGACACAAGAUAGUAGAGAUGGCACACCACGGCAUCCGACCCUGCGUAAUCUCGCGACAGCUACGAGUUUCCCAUGGUUGCGUCUCCAAAAUCCUCUGUCGGUACCAGGAGACCGGUUCGAUUCGUCCUGGGGCUAUAGGAGGCAGCAAGCCCAGGCAGGUAGCAACUCCGGACGUGGAGAAGCGGAUUGAAGAGUACAAGCGAGAAAACCCCGGGAUGUUCAGUUGGGAAAUUCGGGACAAGCUGCUGAAGGACGGGGUGUGCGACAGAAGCACUGUUCCUUCAGGUGAGGCUUCAUCUGUGAGUUCCAUCAGCCGAGUUCUGAGGGCGCGAUUCGGCAAGAAAGAUGACGACGACGAUAGUGAUAAGAAGGAUGAAGACGGGGAAAAGAAAACAAAGCAUAGCAUCGAUGGCAUUCUCGGUGAUAAAGGUAAUCGUACAGACGAGGGUUCAGACGUGGAGUCGGAGCCGGACCUUCCCUUGAAGAGGAAGCAGCGUCGCAGCCGCACCACCUUCACAGCCGAGCAGCUUGAGGAGCUGGAGAAGGCCUUUGAGAGGACACACUACCCAGACAUCUACACCAGGGAAGAGCUGGCCCAGAGGACCAAGCUCACUGAGGCCCGCGUACAGGUGUGGUUCAGCAACAGAAGGGCCAGAUGGCGCAAGCAGGCAGGAGCCAAUCAGCUGGCUGCCUUCAACCACCUGUUACCUGGAGGCUUCCCGCCCACGGGGAUGCCCAGUCUACCUACCUACCAGCUACCUGAGUCCUCGUACCCCGGCACUACACUGUCACAGGAUGGCAGCAGUACGUUGCAUCGGCCCCAGCCCCUGCCUCCGUCCUCAAUGCACCAGGGAGGACUCUCUGACGGCAGCUCCGCCUACGGCCUCUCGUCCAAUCGCCACAGCUUCUCCAGCUACUCAGACAGCUUCAUGAGCCAAUCAGCGGCCAGCAAUCACAUGAACCCGGUCAGCAACGGCCUCUCCCCACAGGUGAUGAGCAUCCUGAGUAACCCCAACGCGGUGCCCUCUCAGUCCCAGCAUGACUUCUCCAUCUCCCCCCUCCAUGGCAGCCUGGAGUCCUCCAACCCCAUCUCAGCCAGCUGCAGCCAGCGCUCUGACUCCAUCAAGGGGGUGGACAGCCUGGCUUCCUCCCAGUCCUACUGCCCCCCCACCUACAGCGCCACCAGCUACAGUGUGGACCCUGUCACUGCUGGAUACCAGUACAGCCAGUAUGGACAGACUGCAGUUGACUACCUGGCUAAGAACGUGAGUCUGUCCACCCAGAGGAGGAUGAAGCUGGGAGACCACUCUGCUGUCCUGGGACUGCUGCAGGUGGAGACGGGACAGGCCUACUGAAACACCCAGCCUCUGCCUGACUCCACCCAGUCUAAACUCAACACCCCCCUACAGUACAUACAUCACGCUACUGCUGCCGCCCACCCUGCAGCCCAUCCACUGCACCAGCACACAUUCUCUCUCUCCUCACCCAGCAGGCAGUCAGGCAGUCAGGCUGUGUAAACCUUGGCUCUGCCCCUCCCCUGUACCAUCCUCACCCCUGAUUGGCUCUGUCCAGACAUCCCAGAGACAUUGGCUCCAGCCAGCAUGGAGAACUGGCCCCUGGCUGCAGUCCAGUCCACACUCAGAGCCAUUUCCAAAUGUACAUUGACCUUGUUGUUUAUAGUAGUUCACUAAGCCAAUGUCAUUCAAAUGAUAAUCCCUCUUGUUUUAUAUCAAUAUUGUUUAUAUUAUUAUUGCUGUUAUGAUUAUGAUUCAUGUGAUUUUGUUUUUUAUUCUCUUCAUGGCUCUUUUUUCUGUCAGUGUGAUGCUAGCAGAUGACUGAGGUGAUACAGUGUAGUGUGGUGCAGAGUGUGUCUGUGUGUGUGUGUGGAUGUGUGCGUACGUUCAUGCGUGUGGCGGCCCAGUCAGAGAGAGAUGCUCCCACAUGAGAAAAUACUACAGUUUACUAUAGAAUAAUACAGUGCUUACUAUCAAAUUCUAUAGUAAAUUGUAGUAUCUUGUAGAAUACUAUACUACACACUGUAGUAUCCCUCGACCAUGUAUAGUACUUACUAUUGAAUGUUGUAGUAUACUGUAGAACCCCCCCCAGACACACACACAAAUCGUAAUUUGUGCCACCCAUAAAUGGAAACCUACAUGCCAAGUAUAGAAAACAUGUUUUGUCCCCUACAGGUUAUAGAAGGGAACAGACUCUCUGAACUACGGCUCAGACCCUAGAUCUACGUACCUACCUACAUACAAGGAGAAAGCUUCCACUUCUAAACUAUACAGUAUUCUACAGUUCCCAAAACCACAACAUUUAUUCAUGCAGUAUAUACUUUUUUUCUUACUACAGUACUAUAGUUAUCUGUAAUAUCUACAGUAUACUUCAGUAAAUAUUACAGUAGAUGCUACAGUAAAGUCCACAAAAACCCUACAGUGAAUACUAUAGUAUUUUUACCAUAGUGUACAAUACCUGAUUGUUUCCCAGACUGCUGUUCCUCUGCCUGUUCCCUGAGCUCUAAUCUUAGUAAGCGUUUUGACCUUCUCACUUUCAUAUACAACUUGACAUUCCUAAAGAACUUGGCCACUCUGUGGGAAGUCUGGCUGGGCGGAUUCAACUGGGAAUUGGCAGCGGUUUGGCGGCCAAUGGCUUUCCCCCUCCCAACAUCUAUCCCAUCCUUAGCUGUACUUCAUGUGGAGGAGGGCAUUGUUUGUAAAAACAGGAUUGGGGAAAUUCAUUUUUGUCUGUUUAGAAAUAUGGACUUUGCCAAUGAGGACUGAACCCCCUAUCCCCCAAACCCCAUCUACCACAGAGCUCUAUGUGACUUUAAGAGAGGAAAGGAGAUUAAAUGACACAAACAUACUGUCAAAGCUAAUUCAUAAUUACCGUUCUCAUUACCAGCCACCUUUAAUAUUCUCUUAGGAUAAUUAAGACAUUUUCUAAAGGCACAUGCAGCUGUUUACCACUUUGGUGUGGACCAAGUCCGCAUUCCUGUGAAACAUUCCUCCAGGAUGGUUGAAUAACUCAAGUCACAUUCCUUUUCUGCUCAUGAUGAGAUUAAGAGUACACAAGCUGUGCCAGUCACAUGCACUUUGGCAAAUCAAAUAAUCCAGUCAAUUGUGAAAGGGCACAGGUAACAGCCCUGGCUGGCCCCCUCUCUGGCUUUGACUGGAUACUCCCUCCUCCUAGUCCCCUGGACAUUCAACUCCUGCUUUGACCGACACACUCACAGAAAUGUACUAAAACAAACCAUUUUUUUUUAGAAUAGCAAAUAUGAAACAUCUGUGUAGCACUCGUAGUUGACAUUUAACACAAUCUAUUUUGGGCUGAAUUCUAACUUGAGAUAUGUUUGCAUAACUCCCUUUAACAUCAGUGUGUGAUUGUUCUGCUAGAGUUGGAGUGAGUUAGGUAUGCAUAUUUCAAGUCAGUGUUUAGUCCGUAGUCGCGUAUACAUGGACAUGAUACAGUAGACGGGUAGAUUGUGAAUUGUUUGAUUAUAAAAAGUAUGUUUUAUACUAAAACAAGAACAAUGUUCAGUGGUAGUUAAAGCAAGAGAUCUGCGGAAGUCAGUGUAUUUUUUAUUUACUGGUUUCCUUCUGUUGUUUUUGGUUGUGUUAUAUUGUAUUGAUUUCUUUCAACAAAAUGCAGUGUUUUGCGCCCAGCUAAGUAAGGAAUUCUGUAUAUUAAAUUAGGAAAAAAUUCCAAUAAAUUUCCUCGAUUUAAUAAUUGUAUAAAAGAGGUUGAAACUCAACUGAGUGGAUUUAAGUUAGUAGACAGAGAGAGAGAGAGAGAGAGAGAGAGAGAGAGAGAGAGAGAGAGAGAGAGAGAGAGAGAGAGAGAGAGAGAGAGAGAGAGAGAGAGAGAGAGAGAGAGUCUCUGACCAAUGUGUUUUGAUGGUGACCAGAUGGAACCUAUUAUACCACACCUGUGCAGCCAGGAGCAUUGGAAGGUGUAUUCCAGCACUUGAUCUUAUGGACUCAUGAUCUGAGUGCAGACCUUACCGUGGACCAUACAUAUCUAUCUGACCUCUGACCUCUCAGUGUGAAACAUUGUCGAGGGGCUCAGCAGCACAGCUUUGAUGCCAUGAAGGAUGGUGACCUCUCCUUUCUGGGAAAGAGGUUAGAAUAGAAUGGUGGACAGACCAGUGUGUUCUCUGGCUAUGUGUGUGUACAGCCAGGCUCCAGUGGAGAACACCUCACUGAAAGUAAUGACUCUGAAGCACUGAACCCAGACUGGUCUAAAAUAUCUGUUUAAAAAUGCCACAUUAUUGUGUAUAUAAAAAAAUGUUUUUUUAAAUGCUUUUAGUGUAUCAAAUCCAUUUCUAACACCUGCGUUAAUCGACAUUUGGAUAUUUAAAUCAUUAUGACUCUUCCUCUCCCCACCUUCUCUCUGACCCCUAACCUGUUUACUUGCUUUAUGGCAUCUGUGUUUUUCUUUUUUCCCUUCCUGUUCCGCAUGUGUGGAUAUUACCAUGGUAUAAUUUAUUCUGCUGUAUGAAGUAUUAGAGUAGUGGGAACUUGUAUUGGUAUUUACUACCUUCAGCCUGUUGGUGUGUUUACUGUAACACUGGCGUAACUGUUAUCAAUUAAAGCUCUAAAACAGA